AUGACCGUUAUCACGCCAUCGCCACCAACAAUCGAAUCUACUGUCGAGUCCAUUGUCACCGACUCUGGCAUAACGGAGAAGGAGGAGGAGGAUAAGGUAGAAAUGCUAAAGAUACCGAUGACCGAGCAGGUUAUGGACCACAACAUACGGGUAAGCGACGUGCCUGACGUAGCGACAGAUGUGCCGGAUUUUAGCUUGGAGGAUAAGAACCGAGUGAUCCGCGAUGUGGCGUAUUUGAUUCGCGCCCAUAAAUUCCACGACUACGAUCGUCGAUACUAUAAAAGCGUAAAAGAAUCUGCGAGUAGGCUGUACGAGGAGUUCCCGAAACCUGGUCUGAGAUCCCUACACUGGGAAGUGCGUAAGCACUGUGAGGCGAGUUUCAUCGAAUGCCUCAAGUAUCUCAAUAGAAUCAUUAAGCUUACAGCCCUCAGGCGCGAGAACGACACGAUUACGAUCAUGAGACAGCAGAAGUGGAACCUGGCAAAUAAUACAAAGCAGAUUCUGGCCGCUCAGAGGGACUGCCAAGUAGCCCAAGGGCGUGACAAUCUCACCAUGAUUCCGUUUCAAGGUCCAAUCGAACGCUUCCAAUGGCGCACCACUGUCAGCUAUUAUAUGUGCUGGUACACGAUGCUCGGCAUCCCGGAUUUAGCUAUCUUCGGCGAGCCCUGCGACAAUCAUGCCAACUGCCUCGAUGAAUACGGUGUUCAUAAUAAGGAUCCACGAGCGGACGAUACGAAACCGUAUGCCUGCGCACUGUACAGUUUCUGCCCGGACAAUUGUUGUCCCAUGAAGCACAUCUGGUACAUGAAAGACUGUUACCAGUCACAGCGCAAUCCUUGCUACGCUGGGAAUCAACCAGCACAUCGAAAAUGCACGCUGAACCGGGACGAGAAUCGCGACUUGCAGGCGCUCAGAGCGAAUAAGAUAAACGUGAGUUGCGAAUGUCAUCGGCGCGGCUACGAGUGGUCCUCUAGAUUUGGGUUGUGCAUCGAUGUAAACGAAUGUAUUCGAGGCAUGCACAAUUGUUCGCGAAAUGCCGGGGAGAGUUGCCUGAAUUUACCCGGUCGUUAUGUCUGCGUCUGCCGACUUGGCUAUGUCUACAAUCCGGAAAUAAAACGGUGUCUUUACAGUCCGGACAUUAACAGAGUGUUGAAAAGCGCUUUCGAAGAACCACCGUCGAAGAUCAAGGAAGCGAAGAAAAAUAUGUUUUUCAAGAUCGCCGAAAUCAUUACCAGAUCUGCUGGAAUUAGCUACGUAUGUGAUUACAUCAAAUUUACAUUACUUUUAAUUACGUUGAUACACAGUGCCAUAUGA